UCUGCCACCCGCCAGGACUCCGGCUCCGGCUCGGGUGGUAAUUUGCUGCCGCCGCCGCCACUAUCACUUCGCUGGCGGCUCAGGUGGCUCCUGCCUCGAUGUCCUAGUCCAGGGGCCCCCGGGGCCGGACUUGGCUGGGCUCCCCUCACCCUCCGCUGGAGUCAUGAGGGCGAACGGGGCUCUGCAGGUGCUGGGCUUCCUUCUCAGCCUGGCCCGGGGCUCCGAGGUGGGCAGCUCGCAGGCAGUAUGUCCCGGAACUCUGAAUGGCCUGAGUGUGACUGGCGAUGCCGAGAACCAAUACCAGACACUGUACAAGCUCUACAAUAGGUGUGAGGUGGUGAUGGGGAACCUUGAGAUUGUGCUCACAGGACACAAUGCAGAUCUCUCAUUCUUGCAGUGGAUCCGAGAAGUGACAGGUUAUGUCCUCGUGGCCAUGAAUGAAUUCUCUACACUGCCACUGCCCAACCUGCGAGUGGUACGGGGCACCCAGGUCUAUGAUGGGAAGUUUGCCAUCUUCGUCAUGUUGAACUAUAACACCAACUCCAGCCAUGCUCUGCGGCAGCUCCGCUUUACUCAGCUCACUGAAAUUCUGUCAGGGGGUGUUUAUAUUGAGAGGAACGAGAAACUUUGUCACAUGGACACAAUUGACUGGAGGGACAUCGUGAGGCACCAGGACGCUGAAAUUGUGGUGAAGGAAAAUGGCAAGAGCUGUCCCCCCUGUCAUGAGGUCUGCAAAGGACGAUGCUGGGGUCCAGGACCAGAAGACUGCCAGACAUUGACCAAGACCAUCUGUGCCCCUCAAUGUAAUGGUCACUGCUUUGGGCCAAAUCCCAACCAGUGCUGCCAUGAUGAGUGUGCAGGGGGCUGCUCAGGCCCUCAAGACACAGAUUGCAUUGCCUGCCGACACUUCAAUGACAGUGGAGCCUGUGUACGUCAGUGUCCACAGCCACUUGUCUACAACAAGCUAACUUUCCAGCUGGAACCCAAUCCCCACACCAAGUAUCAGUAUGGAGGAGUUUGUGUGGCCAGCUGUCCCCAUAACUUCGUGGUGGAUCAAGCUUCUUGUGUCAGGGCCUGUCCUCCAGACAAGAUGGAGGUAGAUAAAAAUGGGCUCAAGAUGUGCGAGCCUUGUGGGGGGCUGUGUCCCAAAGCCUGUGAGGGGACGGGCUCUGGGAGCCGCUUCCAGACUGUGGACUCGAGCAACAUCGAUGGAUUUGUGAACUGCACCAAGAUCCUAGGCAACCUGGACUUCCUCAUCACUGGCCUCAAUGGAGACCCCUGGCACAAGAUACCUGCCCUGGACCCUGAGAAACUCAAUGUCUUCCGGACAGUACGGGAGAUCACCGGUUACCUAAACAUCCAGUCCUGGCCUCCCCACAUGCACAACUUCAGUGUCUUUUCCAACCUGACAACCAUUGAGGGCAGAAGCCUCUACAACCGGGGCUUCUCCUUGUUGAUCAUGAAGAACUUGAAUAUCACAUCUCUGGGCCUCCGGUCCCUGAGGGAAAUUAGUGCUGGGCGUAUCUACAUAAGUGCCAAUCGGCAGCUCUGCUAUCACCAUUCUCUAAACUGGACCAAGCUGCUUCGAGGGCCUGCAGAAGAGAGACUAGACAUCAAGCAUAAUCGGCCCCGCAGAGACUGUGUGGCGGAGGGCAAAGUGUGCGACCCACUGUGCUCCUCUGGGGGAUGUUGGGGCCCAGGCCCUGGUCAGUGCUUAUCCUGCCGAAACUACAGCCGAGGAGGUGUCUGCGUGACACACUGCAACUUUCUGAAUGGGGAGCCUCGUGAGUUUGCCCAUGAGGCUGAAUGUUUCUCCUGCCACCCGGAAUGCGAACCCAUGGAGGGCGCUGCCACAUGCAAUGGCUCGGGCUCUGAUGCUUGUGCUCAGUGUGCCCAUUUUCGAGAUGGGCCGCACUGUGUGAGCAGCUGCCCCCAUGGAGUCCUAGGUGCCAAGGGUCCCAUCUACAAGUAUCCGGAUGUUCAGAAUGAAUGCCGACCCUGUCAUGAGAACUGCACCCAAGGGUGUAAAGGACCAGACCUGCAAGACUGUUUAGACCAAACUCAGGUGCCGAUCAGCAAAACCCAUCUGGCAAUGGCUUUGGCAUUGGUAGUAGGAUCGCUUAUGAUUUUCCUGAUCCUGGGCAGUAGUUUUCUCUAUUGGCGUGGGCGCCGGAUCCAGAAUAAAAGGGCCAUGAGGCGCUACUUGGAACGGGGUGAGAGUUUAGAGCCUCUGGAUCCCAGAGAGAAGGCUAACAAGGUCUUGGCCAGAAUCUUCAAAGAGACAGAGCUGAGGAAGCUUAAAGUGCUUGGUUCAGGCGUCUUUGGAACUGUGCACAAAGGUGUGUGGAUCCCUGAGGGUGAAUCCAUCAAGAUUCCAGUCUGCAUAAAAGUCAUUGAGGACAAGAGUGAACGGCAGAGUUUUCAAGCUGUGACAGAUCAUAUGCGGGCCAUUGGCAGCCUAGACCACGCCCACAUUGUACGGCUGCUGGGACUGUGCCCAGGGUCAUCGCUGCAGCUUGUCACACAAUACUUGCCUCUGGGUUCCCUGCUGGAUUAUGUGAGAGAACACCGGGGGGCCCUGGGGCCACAACUGCUGCUUAACUGGGGAGUACAAAUUGCCAAGGGUAUGUACUACCUUGAGGAGCAUGGUAUGGUACAUAGGAACCUGGCCGCCCGAAACGUGCUGCUCAAGUCACCCAGUCAAGUUCAGGUGGCAGAUUUUGGGGUGGCUGACCUGCUGCCCCCUGAUGAUAAACAGCUACUACACAGUGAGGCCAAGACUCCAAUUAAGUGGAUGGCCCUCGAGAGCAUCCACUUUGGGAAAUACACGCACCAGAGUGACGUCUGGAGCUAUGGUGUGACAGUUUGGGAGCUGAUGACCUUCGGGGCAGAGCCCUAUGCAGGGCUGAGACUGGCUGAAGUACCAGAUCUGCUGGAGAAGGGGGAGCGAUUGGCACAGCCCCAGAUCUGCACCAUUGAUGUCUACAUGGUCAUGGUCAAGUGUUGGAUGAUUGAUGAGAACAUUCGCCCCACCUUUAAAGAACUAGCCAAUGAGUUCACCAGGAUGGCCCGUGACCCACCCAGGUAUCUGGUCAUAAAGAGAGAGAGUGGGCCUGGAAUCCCCCCUGGGGCAGAGCCCCCUGCUCUGACAAACAAGGAACUGGAGGAAGUAGAGCUAGAGCCAGAGCUAGACCUGGACCUGGACUUGGAAGGAGAGGAGGACAACCUGGCAACCACACUGGGUUCAGCCCUCAGCCUGCCAGUUGGAACACUCACUCGGCCACGUGGAAGCCAGAGUCUUCUAAGUCCAUCAUCUGGAUACAUGCCCAUGAACCAGGGUAAUCUUGGGGAGGCUUGCCAGGAAUCUGCAGUCGGUGGGGGUAGUGAGCGGUGUCCCCGUCCAGCCUCCCUGCACCCAAUGCCAUGGCGACACCUGACAUCAGAGUCAUCGGAGGGCCAUGUGACAGGCUCUGAGGCUGAGCUCCAGGAGAAGGCAUCAAUGUGUAGGAGCCGGAGCCGAAGCCGGAGCCGGAGCCCACGGCCAUGUGGGGACAGUGCCUACCAUUCCCAGCGCCACAGCCUGCUUACUCCUGUCACCCCACUCUCCCCACCAGGGCUAGAGGAAGAGGAUAUCAAUGGUUAUGUCAUGCCAGAUACCCACCUUAAAGGUACUCCCUCCUCCCGGGAAGGCACCCUUUCUUCAGUGGGUCUCAGUUCUGUCCUGGGUACGGAAGAAGAUGAUGAAGAUGAAGAGUAUGAAUACAUGAACCGGAGGAGAAAGCAUAGUCCACCUCGUCCUCCUAGGCCAAGUUCCCUCGAGGAGCUGGGUUAUGAGUACAUGGAUUUGGGAUCAGACCUCAGUGCCUCCCUUGGCAGCACACAGAGUUGCCCCCUCCACCCUGUGCCUAUUAUGCCCACUGCUGGCACAACUCCAGAUGAAGACUAUGAGUAUAUGAACCGACGACGUGGUGGAGGAGAUCCUGGGGGGGAUUAUGCAUCCAUGGGGGCCUGUUCGGCAGCUGAGCAAGGGUAUGAAGAGAUGAGAGCUUUUCGGGGGCCUGGAUACCAUGCCCCCAAUGUCCAUUAUACCCGUCUCAAAACGCUCCGGAGCUUAGAAGCCACUGACUCUGCCUUUGAUAACCCUGAUUACUGGCAUAGCAGGCUUUUCCCCAAGACCAAUGCGCAGGGAACAUAACCUCUGCUUCCCAAGGCACUCAGGGAGCAUUUGAUGGCAGCUAGUGCCUCUAGAGGGUACCCCCAUUCUUCUACUCCCUCUCCCUCACAGGUCUCAGCCCCAUUUCCCCAGUCCUAGACAAUUCCAUUCAACCUAUGGAGGCUUUUAAACACUGACACUAAAUUGUUGUGGUAUGUAGCCAGCUGCGGACUUUCUUCUCUUUCCCAACCCCAGAAAAGGUUUUCCCUAUUUUGUGUGCUUUCCCAAACUCAUUCCCCAGCUUCCUCAGGCAGACUCCGAGACAUGAAGGAUUACUCCCCAUGUCCUUUUCUUUCAGGUUCUGAUUUAUUGGGACUAGGCCCUUGACUAUGCCUUUGUUUCCCAGACUGUUCUAAGGAAGAGGAAAGGGAGGAACCACGCAGGGGAAAGCAAAAUUUUAAGCCUAUGACUCUUAAUCCCCUGAAAAAUCUGAGAAGCUUAAAAUUUUGUGGAGCAAAGAGAGAUUAGGAGUAAAUAUUAAUGAUUACUAUUUUACUGCGUGUCAGGCAUCAUCAUGCUAAACUUUACCUGCAUCAUCUCACUUCAUCCUUACAAUUCUGUAAGGUAGGUAUUAUCCUCAUUUUACAAAUAAGGAAACUGAGCUUUAAAGAGAAUAUGUAAAUGUCUUAGAUGGCAGAUCAGGUUCAAAAUCUUCCUGAUUUCAAUGCAUGUGCUCUUACAUGCAUUACAGGCAUUACAUGCAUUACAAUGCAUUGCAUGCUCUUACAGGGGUUAAGGAAAAUGGAUAAAAGUCAGCACCCUUGUAAGGGGCAUUGUUUUCUUGUUUUUUGCACUGAAUCAAGUCUGAACCCAACAACCACAGCCUCCUUCCACACCCAGACUCCUCAUCUCAGGAAGUAGAGGAGGAGGCCAGAAGGAAAAAUAACUGGACAUUUUUGUGUAAAGUCGUAACCCACAAGCGCUGUGUAUCAUCUCCACUCCUUACCCAAAGACGGAUUUACAAGGGUCCUCCAGAUCCAUUUUUAGGAGCUAUCCUCAGCCAGUAGUGAGACACCUCCAGUUGACAUUGAAAAGGGACCCAGCUCUAGACCUCUCUCCCCUUGGAUGGGAAACUGGGGGGAAAUGUCUGUUUUAUCACUGAAGUUUUUUGUUUUGUUUUUAUACAUGUCUUAAUAAAAAUGCCAAGUUUUUUUCUGCUUCUUAUCUGUCAAAUGAAGAAAACCUUCAGUGUGUUAGAUAAGAGGCCACCCUUUUUCUCUGCUGGUCAGCAGUGGCUAGCAACCGGGGGCUUGCUGCCUUUGCCUUCUGACAGCCCUGCUUCCGUCCCACGUAGCUUUCCUCCAGCUAUACUUUUCCUUGUUUUUCCUUAAGACAAGCAUAGUGCACAGUCCUUUUCACCUAAGAUUUUUACUAGGACUCUCUACAAGGUAACUCUUAGCUGGGAAUUUAAAAAAAAAAAAAAAACACGCUUGAAGAAGCUGGAAAACGCCUUAUUGGUGGAUGGUUUUAUGCGAUGUGCUCUCUCCGUCAGGGGCGGGGCGGAAUACCGACACUUCCAGAUGCUUCAGAACUCUCUCUUAAAAUAUGUGGUCACGUAAAUCUCUUUCUGAACACUUCCCUUAGAUGCCAUCAAAGCCAUCAGCUAUUGGAACAAUAAUGCCAUCUCACUCCAGUGAGAGUCCAGCCUCCAGACUGGGAGGCUGUAAAUGCACUGGACCUGCUAGGCCGGUCCCACUACCCGCCCCAGAAUUCCAGAGACGGGCGCGCCUCCCAGCCCUUGGCGUAGACACUGCCCAUUCGCCUCGGCUCCACCUUGCCCCUCUGCUUUAAAACCUAGUUCCCCGCCGUAGCCCCGCCCCUUUCCACUCAGCCCGCCCCCCUCUAUUACGGGCUCUCGCUCAGCGCUCCGAGUAGAUGUGGUUUUUCCGUGUGAGACCAUGCUUCCCCUCACGCUCCCCAACGGCUCCGCCUUCCCGCCGGUGCCUGAUCCUUCCCAGCGUGCCCGGCGACUUCAGCGUGCGAGGCCCGUGGAGGGCAAGGCCCCAGGGCCUGAUUUAGGAGCGCGAGAAGCAGUCUGGGAAUUGUAGUUCGCGAGUCCACGAGGGCGGCCAGAAGCUGGCGGUGAAAAAGACUCGUUGUCCCAUCGUGCC